AUGCCAGACACGGAGGCGCUCGACCUGCGCAUGAACAGGAAGCAGGGCGUCCCGGCGUCCGAGUGGCUCCAGAGCGUCUCUGUCCAGGAGCUGUCCUGGGUCCUGCACACGUACGGCGAGAGAGCCAACCCGCUGAUUGCCGAGCGGGCCGCCGAGGCGGUGCUGGCCACGCAGGCGGAGCGCGGGCCCUACGCGUCCGCCGAGGAGCUGGCCGUGGCCCUUCGGAAGGGCAUCGGCUUCCAGCGGUACUCCAGCGCGUUUCCGGAGAAGGUGUUUCUGAAUGCCAUCCGGACGAUGUUCUUGAACAGCGAGCUGGACCAGCUGCGGAAGGCACUGAGGGGCGCCAUGGACGUCCUGGUGCCCGGCGGUUGCUGCGUGGUGCUCACCUUCAAGGGACAGGAAAGGGAGGUCGUCUGCCAGGUCGCUUCCGAGCUCGAGGAUCCGCCGUACGAGGCGUUCAGCAGGCUGAGCUCUGAGAGGCUCUGCGAGCUGUACCCCCUGGUCGCCACGGACCUGGACUACGCUGCGCGUCUGGGCCCCCUGUUCAUGCGGGCCCGGCCGUCGGAGCGGGCCGAGAACCCGCGGGUGGCCUCGGCCUCCAUCAUCGAGCUCCACAAGGGCAUCCCGGAGUGCAUGGUGCCCCCCUCUAUUUUUUCCUCGGUCUCUCUCUCCGUAGGAGAGCGCCAGGCUGGAGCCCUGGCUUCUCGGCGCCGGCGGGCCGAGCCCAGCGAGGCGACGGAGCACUGGCCACGGCCGCCGCCGGGGCGGCUGCUUCCGCCUCCUGCGGCGGACCGCCGCACAACGGCGCAGCACGCGGCGCCCGCGCGCGCGGCGGUGCUGCGAGCAGCGGCCGCCCUGCACGGCCUGCCGCCGGCGCCGAGAAGGCAGCGCGUGCUGCAGCCGAGAAGGUCCGCGCCGCACUCCGACGAGUCGCACGUCGGCGCACUUCCCGCCGCUGUCCGGAGCUCGGGGCGUGCUGCACCGGUCGCGGCUCCAGAGUUUGAAAUGUGA